GGAAUCACUUCACUUCUUUCAUUAUUGCACCAUCUAAACACCAGGUAGCCUGGGCCAGCUGAUACUUCUGUUCUUAUUCUUGGUCAUGGCCCAGGCUAUUCCAGUGUUGGGUUUAGAAUUCUGGCUCAAGAAAGCUCAAGAGUGGGAUCAAACAGUCAUAUUGGAAUCCCAGAAAGAUGUCUGCCUUCACUUGCCUAAAUUACAGGAGUUUUUGCAACAAGUUUAUGAAACUCUAAAACAUAUGAGUCCAAGUGCAGCAGUUGAGCAAUUUCCUCCAAUCGGUCAGCUUCUUGGAAGGCUGUGCGAAAAUAAAUUUGUUGUGGGGCAUGAGGAAACAAGGAAUGCAUUAAUUCAUUGUUUGUGUUGCUUGCAAAGCAGUGAACCAAAAAGUGCUGUGGAGCUAGCAGCCAAUAGUUGGGUUAAGAACCUCCUUUGUCAUCUGUUUUGCUCAUCUGAAGCAAUUGGUCAUGAGGAAAAUCAGUCUAUCAACAAAAUUGGAUGCACAACUGUUGAUUAUCAUAGCAAGCUUUUGAAGAAUACAAUCACAUCCUGGAUUAAACAGCUCACCAAGCCAGAGAACAGUAACAGUGAAAAUAAGCUUUCAGGGGAUAAUAUACGUGCAUUAUCUAUUAGGUGCAUCCCAAUUCUCACGUUGCCUGACCUAAUACCUUUGCUCGAAGCACUCCUCUUGUAUCAUGGUUCUGAACCAAAGGAGGUUCUGGAUGAUGAGUUUUUAGAUCGUGUAAAUGAUGCAAUACUGAGGAAGAAGAUAUUGCUAAGUGAAUCAGCAGUACUUAGCUUGUGGCUUCGUCAUUUGCAGAGCCUUGAAAAAGCUGUGCUGGAUCUAUUUCAGAGAUUAAUUGCCAUCCAAAGCAAAUCAUUGAAAGAAAUGGAACAGAUUAUAAAUGAUUCAUUCUUGGUUCAAGCUGCCCAGUACCCAUCCAUCUUCAGGAUUAUUGACAACAUUUUCAGGAAUGCUAUUCUGGAGAGUGAUGGGAACAUCAAAAUAAUCACAGUUGUGCGGUUAUUUACUCAUGUAUUCCUCCAACUUUAUCAGAAGAAUAACACACAGGUUAGGUUUCCAUUGAAGGCUUACUUUCCACACAGCAACCGUUCCCUAGUGAUGGCAUUGAUCAGGCGGCCAGUAGGGCUGCCUCCAGACGUCUGCCUUGCACACCUGCAGAGUAUUAUUAGAAUGCUAAGCCCUGUGGCCAAAGAGACAAGAUCCCGCGGAAGUGUCUUUGAGUGGUUUUUACUAAUUCAUUUUGGAGACUGGGUGGAUAUAGCAGCAGAAUUGCUGAUGACGUCAGAAAGUGAAAGUGCAGAUGACCUGCUAUGGCUUUUGGCAUUUUACUAUAAUCCAUGGAAUGAGAAUGAAGAAACAAAUAGAACAAUGGCUGCUUCAAGAAGUGUUUAUGAACGCUUGUUACCGCUUCGCAGCAGUGCUUCGGUCUGUGCAUCAAAAUUACAAACCCUACUGGAAGAAGAAAAAAGAUCUGCUUGUCAUCCCUGUACAUUGCAGCUUUAUAGGCAUCUCUUUAUCUUCUUCCUUCUAUUCUCUCCAGACUGGCAUGUCACUGCCAAAGAGUUUAUAGCUCAUAUGACUCAGACUCAGGAAGCUGCCAGGGAAGUUUCUGACAUACUGGCUAGAACUGUAUGGAGACUUAGUAUUCCUGGAAUGAAAACUCCAAAGUUAAUCACGAUAGUGCACGAGCUGCUUCAUGACUUUUAAUUGAAACAGGAAAACAAGGACCAAGUGUGUUUCUACAACAAUAUGUACAGUUUAUAGUUUGUGCUGCUGUCCAGAGCAGGAUCGGUAUAUCUUGGCAACGAGCAUUAUCCAUGAGCGAACACUGUUUCCCCCCUGCACGAAAAUGAAGCUAUUUAUUCACAACAGUCACUCAAGGGAUUAGCUUAUUUAGAAUACAGAUGUCAGGAAAUUGUUGGUGACAUUGGCCAGAGCAUUAUUAAUGAGUGAUUUGGAAUGCUCAGUAGCUUCCACUGCUUGUGAAGUGGGCACCGAAGGAGCGAAAGGCAAGCAGAAGCAAUCACUGAAUCACUUGCAUUAGGAUCCGCCAGGCUGGAGAACACAAAAUGAAUGUGAAGGAUCAGGCACACCAUAUGGGAAACAAAUUCUUUCUCACGUUUGUACAAAUUGGAGGCAUGCAUUGUUUGCCACACUGUUCCUCAAGAAAUGCUUCACCCACACAGCCAAGUCCUGACAGCACAACGACAAGCAUUUUCAGAAAGCUCACAGCAGUGACAAAUAAAUUCUUAUAUUAUUAUUAAA